AAACAGUGAGCCCCAGAGGUGGUAGGAGGGGGGCAAUACGAAGGGGAAGUGGGGACCGUGGGGGAGAAAGAGGAGGAGGUAUCAUUGCUACCGGGAAGACAGGACAUCAGAGAAGUACUCCAUCCCAGCACUGGCCUCUCCCUUUUGUUCUUUGGCCUUUAUUCCUUCAACCCUCUCUGAAUUCUGCUCUCCUGAUUUCUCUCUCCAUUCUUCCUGUCCUCUUAUUUCCUGCUUUCUACCUCUAUAUCCUGCCACCUGGUUUCUGGCUCUAUCUCCUUCCUGGCAUCCUCUUCCUCCCUAUACCUCCCUCCCAUCAUCUCUAGCCUGUUCUUCCCUGGAGGGCUCUAUUCAGGCCUCCUUGGAGGAGAGAUGCUGUGGGAGGUGAGAUCCCUAGCCCAACUGCUGCUACUGUUGCUGGUUGCCGGAGCAGGGACUCAAACACCCAGGAAAGAAGUCCAGGUGGUAUGGGCCAAAGAGGGUUUCCCUGUUCAGCUCCCCUGUGUCCUCUCGAGCAUUCACCAAAACCUCUCUAGGAGGCAUAACUUUCUUUGGAAAGUGACUGUCAUCUGGCAGCGCUGGCAGGACAGGACCCCCCAAGCCAACUGGUACACAGUAUUCAGGGUGGGGCCAGCUGGUUUGCGGAGUGUUAGGCUUCCCCCACAGCCCAGGCUGCAGCUAGGAGGGCUGAGCCUGCACCAGGGAGAUUUCUCACUCUGGCUCCGUCCAGCCUGGCUCUCAGAUGCUGGGGAGUACAGAGCCCAGGUCCACUUUGAGCACGGUGAUUUGAGAUGUCACCUCUGCCUCCGCUUUGGCCGAGCCUUUGUAACUGCCAGCCCUCCUGGGCCCAUUGUGACCUCAGGUCUGGUCCUUCUGAACUGUUCUUUUGACCGUCCAGACCUCCCAGAAGCUGUGCUCUGGUCUCGAGGCCAGGUACCCAUAAGCCCAUCUUCCCGGCAUUUUCCAGUUGGGAGUCUUCUCUUCUUGUCCCAUGUCACUCUCUCAGAUGCUGGGCCUUGGGACUGCUGUGUUAUCUACCCAGAUGGAUUCAAUGUCUCUACUACCCACCACCUCACGGUCCUAGGUCUGGAGCCCCUAACCCAGAAGACGGUGUAUGUGGGAGAAGGAUCAAAGGUGGAGCUCCCUUGCCAUCUCAGCCCUGCUCCAGGAACCAUGCCAGGGCUGAUUGCCCAGUGGACCUUACCUUGGGGCAGAGGCAGCUGCCUUGUGUCGGGAGAUGACAAAAGCAGCUUUGCCCUGAGGCUGGACCAUGUGAGCAGAGCCCAAGCAGGGACCUACAACUGCAGCCUCAGUUUUCAAGGGCAUCAGCUCAGUGCAGUGGUCACCUUAGCUGUCAUCACAGUGACUGCUAAAUCCUUUGGAUCUUCAAGUUCCAGAAAAGGGCUGCUUUGUGAGGUGACCCCAGUGUUCAGGCAAGAGCACUUUCUAUGGACCACCUUGGAUAAUCAGACUCUGGAAAACCCACCAGGGCCCUGGUUGGAGCUGGGAGAUGAAGAGCUACAGGUCGACCAGUGGCGGUGCCAAGUGUAUCAAGGGACCCAACAAUGUGGAGCUAUAGUUUACAAUCUGGGGCUUCAGGGCACAGGUUUGAGACCCCCAAAUCCCAUGGUACCCCAACCUCAGCCUAGAAAUCCUGACCCUCUCUUCCAGAUUCCCUGCACUCUCAUUUCUGCCCUGCUCCUUCCCCAGAUUCUAUUCUUCACUUUGCCUCUCCCGGCCCGUCCCUCCUCCAACUACUAUAACCAUCUUGUCCUUCACUUUCCUCUCUCACUUGUGCCCUGUCUUAUAGAUGCCCAGCUCUCUGAGAGGAACCCCAAAGCUCUGAAGGGUGGGAAACAGCUCCCUCUUCUCCUCAGCCUUGGCAUUUUACUUCUGCUCUUCGGGGUAGGAGCUGCUGUGUUUCGUUUACGACAAAGCCAGGUAAAGUGUGGAAUAUUCUCUCUUACCUCCAGGAAAGUAGAUCCACAGCCCACAGGACCAUCCCCAAGAUUCCCUCUGCUAAGAGAACCUGCCUCACAGAGACCCUCCCCCAAGAUUACAAACCCUGCCCCAGACCCUACUCCCUCUCUGCCUGGGGAAGGAGUACAUUCAGAAAUCUGCUCCUGGGGUUUAGAAGGGAAGAGCUGGGGAGGAAGAACAAGGAUGGGGGAGGGGCUAGUUCUGUUGGGUGAGGAGAGUUGACAUCAGUAUCCAUCUCUUUCCCUCCAAGCUGCCCAGGAGGUUUUCUGCCCUGGAAGAUGUAGCUCAAAGGCCCCAGGAACAAAACAAGGCAGAAGAAAUGCAGCCAGAGAGCCAGUGUCAGGGAUAGAGCCUGGAGCACUGGCAGGAGUGGUCCUGAUGUAAAGAUGGGGCAGUCCUCUGAGAAGCAGCUCCUUCCUUCCUCAAGACUGGCCUUCCACACCAAAUAAACUCCACUUUCUCAGCAGGAUGGCCUGUGGUUCCUCCAUAGCCUAUGUCUCCUUUAUCUUUUUGCUGCCCUGGGAGACCCCCGUGACUCGCUCCUCUCACGGCCUACCUGGCUCCUCAUCAGCUUAAUUGCAUUUCUGCAGUAAUUUGUAAAGUUUUACACUUUCCUCACAACUCUGUGAGAUGGAUGGUACAAAUAUGAUGUGGUCUCCAUUUUACGGAGGAGGCUUAGAAAAAAUCAAAUGAUUUGCCUUUGGUCUUCCUCUCUCUCCAUAUUUCUAUUUCUGUCUCUGUCUUCUUUGGUUUGUCUGUCGGCUGUCUCUUCCUCUAAUCUUGCUUCAGCCUUUUUUGGAGCCUCAGAAGGCUCCAAACAAGUCCCUAGUCCAACCCCUUCCACUUUUCCCCUAAACCCAUACCUCAUUAGUUUAAAGCACUUUUGAAUAUAUAUUUUCUUUUUUCUUUAUUAUGAAUUUGACAAAAAUAAAAAUAA